AUGCCUGCGCUGCGGUCUUCGAGUCAAGACUAUGCCCGUCAGAUGUCCACAAAUGCCUCCGUCAUGCACACCAAACGAGGCUCAACGAGGUCAAUUCCCUCGGAUUUGAAUAAGUCCGGGACUAAAUACAUGUCGAAGGCUCGAGAUCUCUCAAAAUGCAAUUCGACAAGCAUCUCAUCCCCUCCCGCUGCAAACAUUGCACCAGCAGAGAUCCUACUGGAGAUUUUCUCCAUGCUGACACCACGGGACUUCGACAAUGCCCGGCGGACAUGCUCACAGUGGAUGCGGGUCAGCCUAAACCACAAGCUACUUGAGAACAUGCUGAAAAGAGCAGGGUGGUGGGAUGCAUGGCUGCAAGACCGCCAAACGCCACGCAUCUCCCGGUUAGAUGAAAGCGAGGUCUGGAGAAUGAGCCGCCGCUUUGCGACAGAAUGUCUCCUUUCGGGGCGAAAGUUGAAUGACGAGAAGCCGGGUUUUUUGAUUACCGCCGUGGUAGACUUUUCAAGUCUAUCUAAUUCUACUAGAAGAACAUCCCGCCGCACUCGACCUGAGCAGGUUUUGCAGAUGACCGAAGGCAAAAGUUCGGGGGUGUCAACCUUCAGCAUUAGCAGCUGCAGUAACUAUCUGCUCGUGACGACAGGCUGCAUGAUCUAUAUUUAUUCUCUUUCGGGUCGAAAGUCUAGGCCAAUAUCUGCAACAGACUUCGGCGAUGAUGACUUGGCGCUAGUCUCGCGCAUCUCGUGUCCCUUUGAUAUUCUCUCGGCCGCCAUCGACACCAGCAAGCCCCAAUUCACCAUCGCUGCAUUGCUUUGCAACCGCGUUGGCAUGAUUUGCAACUUGGAUAUGGCUUGGGCCAAAGACUCAGCUACCAAGGGAUCUCGUUACAAUAACAAAAUGGCUACCUCAUCCCCCCACUUCUUCUACAACAUCUGCACAGUGGACAACCCACCCCGAACAGUUGCUCUCUGUCCUGGCCGGCCGAUCGUCGCCUUCGGCUGCGCCGCGGGCAUCGAAAUCCACAGUGUGAAUGGAACAAAGCGCAAUGAACAGCGCAAACACUUCAGCCUCCCACAACCCUCCGAAAUCCUUCAUUUCCUCCCAAGUAGUCCAGAAACACCCAGCGAGCUACGUCUCAUUUCCUCACUCUCCGGGCCAGGCGUGCACGAGUGCAAAUGCCCCCCUUCGCCCUCCCCUUCAUCUUCAUCCUCGGCAUCAUCACCAAAACUCGACCAAAAGAACAACCAAUUCCAUUUCCUCGCAGAUAUCCAGUCCUUCAACCGCCGCCGCAUUCCCCACACCCCAUCCCGCAGCUUCAUCCGCGCAACACACUGCCACCACUAUCGUGCCGUCCCCAUCAACGACGGUUUCCACAUCAUGUUCAUCGAGCCGCGCACAAGCCUACUAUGCAUCGGCACCGACGCCCCAAUCGGCGGGUCAACAAGCCUAACUCGCGCAUUUGUCUGCGUUCCGCCGCCUUUCUCAGACGCCCAAGAUGGACAAAUCAAGACACCACCCCCAUCUCCAUCUCCCUCAAACACAACUCCGCCUCCAGCAGACCUCCCAGUGCCCACAACCUUCACCGCGGGCUCCGACCUCCGCUGGGGCCUCCGUGUUGUCGCAGCCUAUGGCAACCGCCUCGUGCUGUACUCCAUUCCCUUGGAUGUAUUCAACGUGAUCCGAAAAGAGCGUGAACGUCAGGCCGACGGGGCAAUGGGCGCCAGCGAUCUCGCGCUCGACUGGUACAUUGACUCGGAGCGGUCCCGCAAGCAGAGCGAGAGUCUGGUGCAGAACCAGAAUGGGGAUUGGGAAUUCCUUUUGUCUAUCUCAUAUCGGCCUACGGCUAUGAUGUGGCCGUUUAAGAUCUAUGGCAAGGAGAUUGGGUCUGUUAAGGGGACUGUCGAGCUUGCUUUGCAGUCUUCUGAGGGUAGUGUAAGGGUUUGGGCUUUUGGGAAGAAUGGUAAAGGCACGGUUUUGGAUGUGGAUACUGGUGAUACUCCCACUCGGUCUCUUGGUGUUGGUUCUGAUGGGGGAUUGGAGGAUUUUGGGAUCGCUCAGAAGGUUGGUUUGGGUGGACUGCAGGGUUCGAGGAAACGGAAGUUCGAAGAGGUCAAGACUGGGUUUGCGGGUCGAUAUGGCGCUGGUCGCUAUUCGGCUGAUGGAGUGGAUGUCAAGCCCUGUGCUGCUGGUGUUCACGGAAUACAUCAGGAUCCGUCUGUUCGGCGUUCAUCUUUUGCCGCUUGCAUUAUAGACUUUAAGAUUCCCUUGUAUUAA